AUGAUGAGCGAAAACAAUAUUGAAGCCCCGGACUCGGACGGGUUUGAACAUGUCACGCAACCUUUGGAGAAUAUCAAGGAAGAUGUUGAAGGCAGUGUAAGUGAAGGGGUUGGUGAAAAGAUUGCGAGCGAUGAGGAGAAUAGCGAUGAUAAGACAGAGAAGAAAGAAGACAGAACGAAAAAUCUAGAUGUGAAGAAUAAUAGUCGUGAAAAGAACUCAAAAGCUGUACCAACAGAUCUCAGUAAGAGGACUUCUGAAAAUUGCCCAACCUGGACACGAAUGCACCUUCGUCACUUAUCUCUUAAAGUCUUGAAAACCCACAACAUAGACUAUAUCAUUGACAAAGCCGACCCAGAUUACGUCUUGAUCCAGCGCUUUGUCCCCGAGCAUGAGCAAGAUUUCCUUUGGGCAGCAACUCGUGCUUUGCGCACCAGACGUAAUCCUGCCCAUCAUGUUUCCAACUCGGUAUCGCCACGACGUCGUCGUUUUGAAGGAGCCUCGUCUCCUGGAAUCAUCGAAGUGCGUCGAGCUGGUAGCGAGGCGGAGCUGAAGCUUGAUGUCAAUAGGAUGGAAGUGAAAGAAUGGGUGGGGGUGAAGCAUAUGGAGCAACGAGGAAAACAUGUUUUGGAUGUUGCGUUGGAGGAAGGAAUAGCGGUUAGAUUGGCGAUUAAUUCGGAAGCGCUGAAAGAUGAAUUGAGGGUAGUAGUGGGAGCGGGGGUGGGCUUGGAAAUAAGUGAGGAGCGAAGAGUUCUGUUGGCCCCGUGGAAGGUACUUGUGGAGUAUGGGGGAGCGAUUAGGCAGAGAUUACAAAAGCUGGAGGAGAUGAUCAAAUCUAGAGAUGCAGUACUAGUGGAAGAUCAGGUGGAAGAGGGUGACAAGGAGCCCCACCAAGUCCAUGAGGAGGUGAGAUCGGAGACUUAUGAGAUCCGAAUAAGGCCUCCACCUAUUCCAUGCGAGGUGUGUGACGUUAUAUAUCCGUCUCACAAGACACCACUUGAAUGCCUCGACACAAGGAUACCUCACCUAAAGUGCCUCAUCGAGUUCAUGGAUUGCGACCUCAAACAUGUUUUCGAUCUUCGACAACGAAUCAAGGACGGCACCCUCAAAGAAAUUGCCUUUGCUGAUCUGUGGCAUUUAUUCAAUCCUGGCGAUCUGAUCGUUACUUCCCCUUUGUCUCGUGCUUAUCGAAUCUUCCAUAUAUCUGGAGGUCGACCACGUUUAUCGAAACCGGACUUAUUUGAAAAGAAAACAGUCGUCUCGCCUUUCAAUAUCAACUGUUUCUAUAUGGAUCAGGACUGGAAAUCCGUGGGUCCGAUUCAUGAAACUUUGCGAAUUCAAGAUUAUGUGGGGAAGAAAUCUGUGAUGGAAUUGCAAUUUGAACUAGAUGGGAAGCUCAUGGUCGAGAAGGUGAUGAUUUGCCCCGUCAAGAUGCUGUCGGUCGAGGACCGGAGGAACCAAAUGAUAAAUUUGAUCUCGAGAGGAAAGAAGUUAAGAUCGUUGAGGCAAGGCGACCAUAAGUAUUACAGUGGCAGUGCUGGAGAAGAGGUAUCGAAUUUAUCAGGUGAUGAUGAUUUGAGGUUCCCAAGAAGAGUGCCAGUAUAUCAAGCAAGGUCCGCUGUGGACUCGAGAAAAGAACCCGAAUACGUUGAAAGCUAUGUCAUCAUAGAUAAUGAGGUCCAUGGCGAUAACAAAGCUAUUGGUCUUAUCGACGCGAUCGAGUUUGAUUAUCGAGAGACUGCAGAGAGUUGCACUCACUAUGGAGUCUCAAACAAUCAAUACAUCAUCAAUGACCGUUUCCGGAGAGACUGUCGAUGUUCAGAUGUGGUUGUCGAUUAUGUUGUCGACAAUGAUCGUGCGGCCAAGUAUAAGGAUGAUUUGCAUCUUUUAAAACCACGCGAUAUUAACGAUGAACUUGGGGAUGACCAUCUCAUGUUGUUGCCACCCACUAUUGAAGGAUUUGUAUUACAGAAGAAGGCGUGGAAGAUGCUGAGGGUGGAUAUGAUCAGCGAUCUCAAAGAACUGGAGAUGACGAACCAAGUGGAUUUCAAAGAUCUCGUACUACCGGCAGGACAUGAGAAGUUAUUGAAAGCUUUAGUGAGCACCCAUCCAAGCAGUAAAUCAUGGCUUUCCCAAGAGAAUAACAAGUCCUCAAGUCUUGCAAUCUUUCUUCACGGACCCAAAAGCACAGGCAAACAUCUCAUGGUGAAAGCACUCGCCUCUCAUUUCGACAAGCCGCUAUACACCAUCACUGGCUCGGACUGUGGUAUAAACACAUGGGACUUUGCACGCGAGUUUGCGAAUCAUUUUAAGCGAGCCACAAAAUGGAACUGCAUAGUUGCGAUUCCUGACGCCGAUAGUCUAUUCCCGCACCGUAAGACAGCUUCAGAUAGCGAUUUUGAUGCAUCAGGGGUCUUCUUGAGGGAACUGGAGCUAUUUAAUGGUAUUGUUGUUCUGAGUACAGAUCGCAAAUAUGUUGUGGAGGAACAAGUUGUAAAUGGGAUGAAUGUCUGCCUGGAAAAUGACUCUUGGAGCAAAGAAGACAAUAUGACCGUUUGGCACAGAGCGUGGAGACUCAAAUCUGACGAAGCGCUUUUGAGCUCUAAUGAACUACAUAGUCUUGAGAUGCAGCAAAGCACACGCAGCUAUUGGUUGAAAUUCAUAGAGCGGGAGUAUACUAUGGGCAAGAGAUGGAAUGGGGUGGAAAUCGACAACUAUUUUGAUACUGCGUUGGCUAUGGCGAAGUAUGACAACGAUGGCUCCCAAACACUUGUAUUGGAGACUAAUCACUUGAUUAUCGCCGCAAGAGUUACCGGAGCUUCUGUUUCUUCUGUGUUUUAG